AGACCCAUCAAUACUAAACAAACGGAAGACCUUGGUGGUACCCCCUGUAGGUCUCCUCCAUAUAGUUUGCAUUCAUUGACUUUUUUUGCAUCACAAGGUACAAAACAGGAGUCUGAUGCCUUGGAGUAUGCUUUUGAUCUUCUGGAAGUUGGAUGUACAGGGACAAUUGAAGUUAUUUCAGAAUCAAUCAAUAAAUCCUCUAAGGAAGAACUAAAACCACUGACUACUCUUCCUUGUGGUUUACCUCCUCUGUUUGCUCCAGAUUUGAAGUCUGAUUUAGAGAAAUAUCUUUUGGAUCCCACCACCCUGCCCAUCCAUGACUUUCACAAAACACAAAGGUUUUGGCCCCGUGAAAGAGACCCAGAGAGCCUGUUGUUUUCAGAUGUCUGUCCUGUUCCAUCAACAUUGAAAGUAGAGAGAAAUCCAACAACUGGAGAGCUUCUGGGCUAUAAUGAGGUGAUGUUGACAGAUACCGGAUCCACUGCUAAAAAUUCCAUGUCCCUGUUACGACAACCUGGACCACUGUCUGCCUCUGUGAGAGGAGAGUCAACAAAUUAUCCUUUUUUACCAGGUGGUAUGGAGGCUCCAGAAACUACAAAACCAGACCUUGUGUUUGAUGGGGAGCUGAACUUUGAGAAAGAUCUUCUUUCUGUGCCACCGGGAUUUGAAAAAGGAGUUUCUUUUAGUGAUGCAAAAGAGGAGCAAGAAGGAGAUUCCUAUACCUCUGUGCCCCAAGUCUUGGCCAUGUCUGACAUCAUGGCUGGCACAACACUGGAAGACUUAGAGUACAGUGAUGAUGGUGAUGAUCUCGAUUCAGAUGAAGACGACAUAGAUCAGUUGCCAGAGAAGGGAGAAUCUGUUAUUGACCCAGAGGACAGUACAGAAGAAAGGACAAAUGUGGAGGUGGAGAGGGUAGUAGACAGUGUUUGUGUGACAAAGUGUAUUCAUGUCAGUCUUUUUCCUCUUGUAUCUGCAGAUCUUCUUUCUGUGCCACCGGGAUUUGAAAAAGGAGUUUCUUUUAGUGAUCCAAAAGAGGAGCAAGAAGGAGAUUCCUAUACCUCUGUGCCUCAAGUCUUGGCCAUGUCUGACAUCAUGGCUGGCACAACACUGGAAGACUUAGAGUACAGUGAUGAUGGUGAUGAUCUCGAUUCAGAUGAAGACGACAUAGAUCAGUUGCCAGAGAGGGGAGAAUCUGUUAUUGACCCAGAGGACAGUACAGAAGGAGGUCUCCAGAGGCAUGAUAGCCUUGAAAAUGUGUUAGUGGAGAGCCAAGAUUUGGAGAACAAAUUAACUUCAGCAACUCCUGUUAUAGAUAAACCAGUCAAGGAGGAAUGGGCUAUAAUGGUAGAUGUGACAGAACCUGUGAGAGAUUUUCACAAGCGAGUUCCUGAUAUGGCCCACAAGUGGAAGUUUGAGCUGGAUACUUUUCAGAAACAGGCCGUGCUUUGUUUGGAAAACAACGAGAGCGUCUUUGUUGCUGCUCACACAUCCGCUGGAAAGACUGUAGUAGCUGAAUACGCCAUCGCUCUGUCCAACAAACAUAUGACGAGGACUGUGUAUACGUCACCAAUCAAGGCUUUGUCCAAUCAGAAGUUUCGUGAGUUCAAGGAUACUUUUGAGGAUGUUGGUUUAUUAACGGGUGACGUGCAGAUCAGACCUGAGGCUUCCUGUCUUAUCAUGACCACGGAAAUUUUACGUUCCAUGUUAUACAACGGUUCAGAUGCCAUACGGGAUGUCGAGUGGGUCAUUUUUGACGAAGUUCACUACAUUAACGACGACGAGAGAGGCGUUGUGUGGGAAGAAGUUUUGAUUAUGUUACCGGCUCAAGUCAAGAUCAUAUUGUUAUCAGCCACAGUACCUAACACUCUGGAAUUUGCGGACUGGAUAGGACGCACCAAGAAGAAAAAGAUCUACGUCAUCAGCACUCCGAAACGCCCAGUCCCUCUCCAGCAUUUCCUGUACACGGGUAACAGUAAUAAGACAAGUAACGAGCUGUUUAUGAUCGUGGAUGCUAACAGUAAAUUUUUGACGCGCGGUUACGAAGCAGCUGUGACGGCGAAGAAAGAGCGAGAGGGGAAAGGAAAGGAUGCUUAUGGCUCCAAGACUCACCAAAGUACAAAUAUCAAGGAGGAUCGCAACAUCUGGUUGUCUUUGAUUGAAAUGCUUCGUAAGAAGGAGAAGCUUCCUGUGGUGGCUUUUACCUUCUCACGCAAGAGAUGCGACGACAAUGCAGAUCAGCUGAGUAACCUUGACCUCACCACCUCCACCGAGAAAAGUUUGAUCCAUGUCUUCAUUCAGAAAUCCGUGGCGAGACUCAAAGGCUCCGACAGACAAUUGCCACAAGUUUCUAGGAUACAAGAGCUCCUAAAGCGUGGUCUUGGUGUGCACCAUAGUGGAGUACUGCCCAUCAUAAAAGAGAUGGUGGAAAUGUUAUUUGGACGAGGACUAGUGAAGAUUCUGUUUGCCACUGAAACGUUUGCUAUGGGAGUUAACAUGCCAGCGAGGACAGUGGUAUUUGAUUCAAUCAGGAAACACGACGGUUCAAGCUUCAGAGAUCUCUUGACCGGGGAAUACAUUCAGAUGGCUGGCCGUGCGGGGCGGAGAGGCCUGGAUCCUACCGGAACCGUUAUCAUAUUAUGUAAAGGAAACAUACCUCUUAUGGCUGACCUCCAUAAGAUGAUGCUGGGGAAACCGACUCAACUGGUCUCUAGAUUCCGUCUUACAUAUUCUAUGAUAUUAAAUCUCUUACGAGUGGAAGAGCUGCGUGUAGAAGACAUGAUGAAAAGAAGUUUUGCCGAGUUCCACAUGCAGAAAGACUCGCAGGAAAGAAAACGCGAAAUGGAGGAAGUAGAGAAAAAAUUACAAAAUAUAAAAGAGGUGGACUGUACGUUUUGUGCGGAGGAUUUGAAGUUGUACUUUAAGGAUUGUCGAGAGCUGUCGAAAUUGACAAGAACGGUUCAGGCAGCCAUCCUUUCGUCUCCCCACGGUCAGCGUGCUCUCUCUCCUGGGCGUGUUGUGACUAUAAAUACCGAUGAACACAAAAAUGCUUUAGCUGUGAUAUUACGAACAGAAAACGUCUCGGCUCAAGGCUACUCAACUGUGCAGUCUCAAUUAGUGUCCAGUCCAAAAGACAAGAAGUUUGAGGUCCUGGUGAUCUGUGACGCAGAGGACCAAAAAUCAGGUAAACGCAUAAAUUUACCAAUUGAAAAUGAUUUGCAAGUGGUGUUCACUACGAUUAUGAUUAACAGCGCACCAACAGGUGCAUUAGACAUGGAUGAUGACGUGCAGCCUUUUGUAAAGCGAAGGUUAUUUUUACCCGAAGGACGAUGUUCUCACAGCAUUGUACAAGUGAAUGGAAGUGAAAUCAGUGCUAUUACUGUUCGUCAAGUGAAGUUGGAUACGAACAGGAUUAUUGAAGACCAUAAAAAGAGAAUGCUGCCAAGAUUUAGGAAUGACUUGCCUGGGAAAACUACCAUCAGUGCUGAGCAAGAACUGUUAAGACUGUCCGAGGCUAAUCCUGAAGGACUGGGUACUAUGGAUCCUGUUACAGACUUCAACAUCCGGGACUUAGAUAAUAUGACAACGAUAGCGCGAAAACAGAGCCUCGAAAAACGAAUGACGAACUACGCUUGUUUAAACUGUCCCAAGUUAACAGAACACUUUAAAUCCGUUGCGGACCAGAUGAAGUUACGUGAACACGUGACCACUCUGAGGUUUCUAUUGUCAGACGAAAGUCUCCAACACAGAGAAGAAUUGCAGCAAAGAAUAGAGCCUUACUUUGUAACGGAAACGAAUGACUUGCCUGGGAAAACUACCAUCAUUGCUGAGCAAGAACUGCUAAGACUGUCCGAGGCUAAUCCUGAAGGACUGGGUACCAUGGAUCCUGUUAAAGACUUCAACAUCCGGGACUUAGAUAUGGUGACAAUGAUAGCGCGAAAACAGAGCCUCGAAGAACGAAUGGCGAACUACGCUUGUUUAAACUGUCCCAAGUUUACAGAACACUUUAAAUCCGUUGCGGACCAGAUGAAGUUACGUGAACACGUGACCACUCUGAGGUUUCUAUUGUCAGACGAAAGUCUCCAACACAGAGAAGAAUUGCAGCAAAGAAUAGAGGUCUUACGAAAAUUGCGUUACGUGGACGCCAAUAACACAGUACAGCUGAAAGGAAGAGUAGCUUGCGAGAUCAGUAACCACGAGUUGAUCAUCACAGAACUUGUGUUUGAAAAUGCUUUCACCAAUCUGCAUCCAACGGAGAUUGUUGCUUUGUUGUCAUGCUUCGUGUUUCAACAGCGUCGAAGCAGUGAACCAUCCUUAACAAAGACACUAGAGGAGGGCAAGGAGUGCAUAUUAAAUAUGGCAGAACAAAUCGCUAACUUGCAGUCCGAGUGUGGUCUCAGUACUUCAGUACAAGAGUUUAAAGAACAAUACCGCUUUGGUUUAGUGGAAGCUGUGUUUGAAUGGGCAAGAGGAAUGCCUUUCUCUGAAAUAACUAACUUGACAGACGUCCAGGAAGGAAUUAUCGUUCGAUGUAUUCAACGACUGAACGAGACUUGUCGUGACGUCAGAAAUGCAGCUCGUAUUAUCGGGGAUCCAAAGCUUGGAGAGAAAAUGGAAGAAACAUCAACAAUGAUAAAGAGAGACAUUGUCUUCGCAGCGAGUCUCUACACCCAAUAGAUUAGAGACUGCAAAUAGAGAAAUUAUCUUAGCUUGCUGUUAACAACAGGUAGAACACUCGUGGGUAACAGUAAAGGCUUACGCCGAAAUCCCAACAGCGCGGAAAACCGACUGAGCCCGCGUGCUGCAGUCGGUUAAACAGUGGAGAUGUUGCUUUGCACCUAGAUGACAUCUUACAGGAUCCUACAGGAAGAAAUUGUUUCCUAUCCUCAAGCUGCCGAGUCAGUUUCUCGCUUCAUGCGUAGUGGUUGAACGAACGUUCUGAUAGUCUAUGGUCGAAAGCAAAUACCAGACAGAAAGAAUAUGUCGAGUCUUCGUCAGAAACAUUGCAAAGUAAUCUGACGUAUCUUAUGCAUUCGUGCUGACGCGAAACUCGUAGGGCACUGGUUCUAGUUUUGUCUUCUGUCACAAGACACUUACCCCACCCCUUCCUCCCUCACGUCCUACUGGACUAAUCAACAUCACUUUGGACAGUGAACGGUUGAAAA